UCUUCUCAGUCGCCAUAUUAAAUUUUUUAAUCGGCUCAGCAGACGAGCCGCCGACGAAAAACCUCGGCUUCGUUCUCUGUUUGCCGGACACUUUUGAUUAACUCCCACUCAUCUUUUAUUUGAUAUUUUCUUUUUUUUGCAAACAAAGCAAAUCGAUUGUAUUUCUUUGUUGGAACGAGUAAUAUAAGGUCGUUGAAAUACAUUUACUCAUAUACACAAUAAGAAUUAUGAGUACAUCGAAAGUAAGACAGCAGCUAUCCUUUCGGCUACCCAAGGAGCUACGGCCACAAAAAUAUGAUUUAAGGCUACAACCCGAUUUGAAGAACAAAACAUUUGCGGGGACUAUAAAAAUAAUACUGGAAGUGAUAAAUCCCAUUUCAUUUAUACCCGUCCACUCAAAACUUCUUAGAGUUCAGACCAAGGAGGUGCAACAGUUGGAUGAAGAGCUGAGACCACAACGCUUGAUAAUACCUACAUUGACCUAUGAGGAUCCACAUUUUGAGUAUUGGGUAACAGAAUUUGAAAAGCCUUUGGAUGUAGGCAUAUACUCUAUGCAAUUAGAUUUUAGUGGUUCCCUGGUGGAUCGAAUUGUGGGAUUCUAUCAAAGUUCCUACCUCGACAAGGAUCGCAAUGAGAAAAGAUCAAUCGCUACAUCGAAAUUUGAACCUACAUAUGCUCGUCAGGCAUUCCCUUGUUUCGAUGAGCCUGCAAUGAAAGCUAAAUUUAGCAUUACAUUGGUAAGACCAACAGCAGAUGGUUAUCAUGCACUCUCCAACAUGGAUGUAAAGAACGAGGAGGCUAUAGGUAAUGGUCUAACCGCAGUGCAUUUCAAUGAAAGCGUUCCUAUGAGUACUUAUCUAGCCUGCUUUAUUGUUUCUGACUUCGCACACAAAGAGAAAACUGUGCGUGGCAUGCUUCCCGGAGUAGCUGACUUUAAAAUGCGCGCCUUUUCUACAGCUGCUCAAAUAGAGAAGGUGAAUUACGCUCUAAAUGCCGGAGUGGGCAUCACAGAGUACUAUAUUCAGUACUUUGAUAUUUCAUAUCCAUUGCCAAAACUGGAUAUGGCAGCAAUUCCCGAUUUCGUUUCGGGCGCUAUGGAACAUUGGGGUUUGGUAACUUACCGCGAAACAGCCUUGCUGUAUGACAAAAGUAUAAGUGCAAGCUAUGACAAGCAAAGAGUGGCCACAGUGUUGGCACAUGAACUCGCUCAUAUGUGGUUUGGCAAUUUGGUGACUAUGAAUUGGUGGAAUGAUUUAUGGUUAAACGAAGGCUUUGCAACCCACAUUCAAUACAAGGGGGUUAAUCACAUACACCCCGAAUGGGAUAUGCUUGAUCAAUUUAUCAUAGCCGAUUUACAUGGUGUUAUGAAAUUAGAUGCUACCUUGGCAUCACAUCCCAUUGUGCAAACUGUGGAAAAUCCCAAUCAAAUAACUGAACUGUUUGACAGUAUAACCUACUCCAAAGGAGCCUCUAUUAUUCGCAUGCUAGAAGAUUUGGUGGGGCCAGAGAAGUUUCGCCAAGCCACCAGCAAUUACUUAAAUAAAAUGCGUUAUUCCAAUGCCGAAACAAAUGAUUUUCUAACCGAAGUGGAGGCUAUGAAAUUUGAUUUUGAUGUCAAGCUUAUAAUGAAAACAUGGACAGAGCAAAUGGGUUUACCUGUCAUAGAGGUCAAACGUGACGGGGAAACCUUUACUUUAACCCAAAACAGAUUUUUUGCCAACCCCGACGAUUAUAAAAGCAAUCAUAGCGAUUCCGCAUUUAACUAUCGUUGGUCCAUUCCAAUAACUUACUUUACCAGCUCAAAUUCAGAGGUACAGCGCACAAUCUUCAAUUAUGAUGAAACAAGUAAGCAGGUCGUUCUUUCUGUUCCCGUUGAUGUUGAAUGGAUCAAGAUUAACAAGAACCAAGUAGGAUACUAUCGCGUUAAUUAUCCCCUCGAUAUGUGGAAAUCCAUAAUAAAAGCUUUAAUUUACACCAGAGGCGUUUUCAACAAUGCCGAUCGCACCCAUUUGUUGAGUGAUGUUUUUGCUUUGGCCGAUGCUGGUCAGCUGGAAUAUGGCAUUGCUAUGGAUUUGAGCAAAUAUCUCGCAAAGGAGCUAGACUAUGUGCCUUGGAGUGUGGCUGCGGAACGAUUAUGUGUCAUCAAAAAUUUAUUGAGCGCCACCGAUUUGUAUUGUGAUUUUGUUAAAUAUGCUCGUUUGUUGUUGAAAAAUGUCUAUCAAUCGGUGACAUGGGAUGUGAGUGUGGAUCAUUUGCAAAACCUUUUGCGUGUUGUUGUUAUAAAUGCAAGCUGCAACUUUGGUGAAUCUGAGGCCUUAAAAGAAGCUGGCAAACGUUUCCAAAUAUGGUUGUCUAACCCAGAGGCAAGACCGCAUCCCGAUAUUCGUUCCUCUGUCUACUACUAUGGCAUGCAAAGUGUAGGCAAUGAGCAAUGUUGGAAUCAGGUAUGGGAGCUGUUUAUUGCCGAAACCGAUGCUCAAGAGAAAGUCAAAUUAAUGGAAGCCUUGGCCGCCAUCAAUGAACCCCAAAUUUUGCAACGCUUCAUUAAUUUAGCCUGGAAUGAAAAUAAUGUUCGUCGACAAGACUACUUUACGUGCUUACAGAACAUAUCCCGAAAUCCGGUGGGACUAUCUUUAGUCUGGGAUUAUGUUCGCGAAAAUUGGCCUCGCAUGGUUGAACGUUUCGGCAUUAACGAACGCUACUUAGGCCGAAUGAUUCCAGCGAUAACUGCUCGCUUUGCUACACAAACCAAAUUAGCUGAAAUGGAGGCAUUCUUUGUCAAAUAUCCUGAAGCUGGUGCUGGUACAGCAGCUCGUAAGGAAGCUUUGGAAACGGUAAAGUAUAAUAUUAAAUGGUUGGAACAGAACCUAAAGCCCAUUAGUAAAUGGUUCAAAUCUGGCAGGCCGUGAACUAAUUUUUUAUAAAAAUAAUUUUCUCUUACUGUAUUUGCAUUUACAAUUACUUGUAGCCUACUUAUGUGAAUAUACUUAAGCGUUCCGCUUUAAUAAAAUGGAGAUUGGCCUCCUUUUUAUACAAUGUA